AUGGGAGGUCUACGUGCACUUCUUUGCUGCAAGGGCGACAAAUGGGAUGAUGGUCAGGACAUGGCCAACCGACCGGUUCGCAACAUCCCAGCUUCCUCGACCGACGCAAAUCAGGAAAAACCUGGGGAUAAGCCCGAAGAGGACUGCGUUCUGGACAAUUCCGGCAAAGAAACACCUCCGCGCAAUCUAUGGAAAGAAGCCUACGACGGACUGCCUCCCAAGCUACAGGAAUAUGUUCCUGCAGCUGAGAUUCCGGCCACAGAUGCCAUUCAGAAGGUUGUCCAAACCACUGAAGAGAAGUACAAGGAGUGGCAGCAAGGUGGCCUCAGGUACCACCGUAAGAGUGGAAAGGAGAUCGAUAUUCGUCAGGCAUCAGAGAAAAUCAUUGGGAUGGCAAUGAAGGCCAAGGACACAAUCUCGACAAUUGUUUCCUUUGAUCCCACAGGACAUGCCUCAUCAGCAUGGACAAUCAUCUCUUUUGGAAUGAGUAUUGUCCAAAAUAGAUUGGACCGUCGGGACGCCGUUUUCGAGGCAUCUGCUUUUUUGACCGAGAAUAUGGCCUAUUUCGCCUUGAUUGAUGCGAACUACAGGGACCAGGGUGUUGGGAGUGAUGCGAACGUUGACCAAGCUCUACUUCGCGCUUAUUCGGCAAUCCUUACAUUUACAGCUGAGGUGGAGAAGACGCGAGACGAGAAUGAAGCAGCCCGACUCUGGUACAGCAUAUCCGCAUACACCGACCAGUCACUAUCAAAGCUUAAAGAUUCUCUCAUCGCGCAAAAGGAGGCAACGAAGGAAUGGGCCCAGCUCGCUUCAGAUCUGGGCAACCGAGAGCGCGCAAAAGAGAUCCUUUCGAACACCGAUAAGCUUAUCGAAAGCUCGAAGAAUAUGGAGUCUAAGCUCCUCACCGCGGAGGAGGACAACCAGCUUGAGUGGCUUUCAUCAGCAGAGUUCUCGAACCGUCAGGACAUAUUGCAAAAGAAAAGAACUGGGGACACUGGCGUCUGGCUUUUGAAUUCGAAGGAGUACAAUAAAUGGUUGUCAAGCACGGGAGACCUCCUUUGGCUACCCGGGAUCUCGGGCUGUGGCAAAUCUGUUCUUUGCUCUACUGUGAUACGUGACCUGGACGAAAUCUGCGACUUGGAUGGAUCCAAACAUUACGCCUACUGGUAUUUUGAAUUUGGCUUCGACGCUACUCAAAAUGUGGACUCUUUGAUCAGAUCCUUGAUAAGACAGUUGUGUCGAUCUCCGCUGCCGUCAGCAGUAGUGAACCUCUGGAAAAAGCAUCACGUCCGAAGAAGCCAGCCAGACUCGACCACUAUCCGAAGUGUACUUGAUGAAGUUCUGUCCGAAAUACCCGAUCAAGAUCGUGUUUACCUGGUCUUCGAUGCCCUAGAUGAGUGUCCGAAUAGCGGCUUUCCCAGCGAAAGAGAGUCGCUUCUAUCCCUUCUCUCGCAUUUACUCAAGCGACACAGGGGCAAAGUUCAUAUCCUCGCUACCAGUAGGCCUGAAAAGGACAUUCACAAGGAGCUUUCAGAGUUCCCUAAGGUCGAUUUGGAAGCACGUCUGGCUGAAGAUGUCAAGACGUUUGUUGAUGUGGCACUUGCACGACGACUGAACAUAUGGAGUGAAGAGAUCAGAAAUAUGAUUCGUGAUAAACUAUUGAGCUUCAAGGAACGGCGUUUCCGUUGGGCUGAUCUGCAAAUCCAAGCGCUUAGCCAACAGUACGAUGAAAAUGACCUGAGAAAGGCUCUAAAUUCAGUCCCGGCGACUCUGGAGGGGACUUACCGGAUGGUUCUUGACAGCAUUGAGCCGCACAAUGUGACCAAGGCACGGGAAAUCCUUAUGAUAAUCUGUCUAUCACCCGUUCCUCUGGAUGUUGAUGUCGUUGCUAAGAUGACCAGAUUGUACUCCGCUGACUACGUCGUCCAAAUAUGCACGACAUCUCUUCUCGCUCUCAACAAGACCAAAGUUCAAGUGGCACACUUCUCGGUGCAAGAAUACCUGAUUGUGCCGGAGAAGAAGAACGAGCAUCACGAAUGCCAAUUUACGCUGACCGAGGGACACAAGUUUCUGACCGACCGCACUGCGGAUCUGCUUCUUGCGCAGGCUGAGCCUCUCACUCAACCAGAGGCAAUGAAGUUGGGUCCCUUUUUAUAUGCGGCCAAACACUGGGAUACUCAUAUGGUCGCUGCUGGAGGAUUCGAUCAAUUAUCUGCGGAGAUACAAGCUAAAAUUGAUGGUCUCUUUACUGAACCCAACGUCUACUUCAACUGGGUUCGGAGUGCCGAUGCCCACGGAGAUCAGAUCGAUAACUCGUGGAGUAAAGUGCUCGCAGAGUUGGAGACCCCGAUUCACAGAGCGUCCUAUAUGGGCUUGGCUCACACGGUGGGCUUGCUGGCCGUGCAGGGUGCGAAUCCUUCGCGGCGAUGUCUGUCGGUGGACCAGCGCGGACUUUUUGAUAGGCCAGUCGAUUCAUACCAUGUGGCUGCUCGUACUGGACAUCUAGACGCUCUGCAGGUCCUUUUGGACUUAGCACUACCCCUUCCCACAAGUACGGUGGAAGCAAUCUUGCAGGUAAUCAAUUAUCGCAAGUCUGGGAAGGCCAAAUUGGCAAAAGUGGUACACACCUUGCGGGACCAAGGUCUCCUCUGUGACCACGUAAAUGACACCACUGACGUGAUUCAUGAGGCCUUUCUUUCUGCCGCCGUGUUGAAUGAACAAUCGGGACUGGAGACGUUCCAUAUCUUCUUGAAUUCGCCAACGUUGUCAACACCAAUUACCGAACAUAUUCUGGACCUGGCCUUCAGAUCGUCGACUUCAAGUGAGCUGCCGAAGUUUCUUAUUGAGACAUUCAACCCUGAUAUACCCGUCGCUUUCAUCGAACAACGAAGUUCGUAUCUCUGGUCCUUUAAAACCCCAGGCCUCGCCUACUUGGCCCUAGAGCGACCGAAUGAGAUGCCCAUAACCGAAAACCUUCUCCAGCUCUUCGCAAGAAAGGGAAAUUCAGAAACAAUGGAAUCCUUACUGCGCUCUCGGAGACAAGAUAUUCAUGUCACCACAGAGGUCUUGGAACUGGCAGCCACUAAUGAGCAGAGUGGUAAUAUGCUAUGUUUGCUUUGGCCUCAUAAAGACCCCGGGACUGAGAUAACUGAGAAGAUGAUCUCAAACGCUGCAGACAACGAAGUCCACUCCAGCGCCCUUGUCGCUUUCCUUCUCAAACAGCCCGGAACAAAGCCGACCUUAUCUGAGGAAACCAUCAAUAACAUAAUAAUGGGCGCUCAAGAUGGAGUCGGUACCCUUAAGGUUCUUCUUCCGUUCUCAUCUAUGGGUCCUCCAGUACCAGAGGAAGUGGUUGCACGUGUCUGCUGUCACUCCGAGGCGUUAGAUAUGUUGAAACUGUUAGAAAAGGAAAAAUCAUUGAAAGGCCCUUUCACGGAACUUAUUAUCCAGGGUGCGGCGUUGAACGAGUCUAAGGGCCCUCUGGUGAUCGACUAUCUAGCAAAACGUUCUCCAGAUCCUCUUCCGGUCACAGAGGAAGUCCUUCUUUAUGCUGUCGAAAACGAGAAGAAGGGUGGCGAGAUCAUCCGAGCUCUUGCGCCAUAUACACCCGUUGCCAGUCUGACUGACAAGGUGUUUGAGGAAGCAUGUGUAAACAAGGACGCUAUGCUGGCCCUUCUGGAUCAGAAGCAGAGGGAACCACCCUUUGAGAAGAUGUUGGCCGUGUUGUCAGGAUGCGGAAAGUCACCCAUAGAUGAAUACAACCUGGGGGCGGUGUUUCGAACCCUUCUUGAGCGACAACUCGUAGAGGUGGACGAAAAAACAGUCGAACUCAUGGCCUCUAACUUCUAUUGUCUGGAUGCCUUGCUAUCUCGGAAUCCCGAUAUCAUAAUUACAGAAAAUGCCCUCCAGACCGCUGCGGAUUCACCACGACUAAUGCGCGUUAUGAUGUCUGCACACAGGAGUUCUUUCCCUAUCACGGAUAACGUUUUGCUCGCCGCAACAAGGGGAUAUCUUGCUGUUGAAGUCAUGCAAGUGAUUUUGAAUCGCCAGCAGUCGCUUCCUAUUACGGAGAAACUGAUUCUCGAGGCUACUACCGAGGCGCACGACAAGAAUACAUUGACGUGGCUCCUGAAUCAACAGUCUGAGGCUUUUGUUACAAGCUUUUGGGAGAACACCUGGAACCCUAUUGACAAAUACCGCAUUGGCCAUGCUGCUGUGAUUACUGCCUUUCUUCAAAAGACAGGUUCAAAUGUCACAGACACCAUGCUUGAAAAUUGGCCGUAUUCGAAUUCGGACGGAAAUGACUUUGGACUUGGGACAUUUGUUCAAGACCUGUGUACGAAUGAUAAAUACCCUGAUAUGCCUACGACUCAACGAGCCGCCGAGAUUGUUUUGGAAAGGUGCGACAAAGCCUCCAUUGAGGUGUUUCUGAACCACACGAAGCUCCCGGUUACGGAUGACUUGAUUGAGGCAGCAGAGAAGAAUCAGUGUAAAGAUAAAGAGGGACUGGUGACGUUUCUGGAGCAGAAGAGAGGCUUAACUAAGUCUUACACAUGCGGUGUAGCAUGUUAG